GGAGAGCUAAAGCCUCUGCUGCAUUAAACUUGUUUGGCUACAUUGAGGCUGCAGCAGUGGUCACGCAUUAUGCUGAAAUCUGCUGAUUUUACAAAAGGGGGAAGAGGGACAAGAUUGUUUUGAGUCCAGAUGCUGUCAAACACCAGCAACUAAUGGAAGAAAUGGCAUAAUGAACAGGCCAGUAUGUGAAAGCAGUUUAUGAAGAAAUAGCUAAAUACAGUGGUUUGUCCUGUCUGAUCAUCUGAUGCUAAAACUCAGUCAGCUCCUGUUGUUUGCACCAAGAAGCUUUAAUAUAAGGCUGGACAUCACACAGGAGGAUACCAUUAUCCUCAACCAUUGAUCCUAGGACCCCAGAGCAGAUGUUAAGAAGUGGCUGCUAGCAGACCAGAGAGCUAAGACAGGGCAGACGUUGGCUCCAACAUUGUCUCAGCUUCCUGUAAAAAGAAGGAAAAGGAAAACGGAAACAUCUUUCACAUUCUCACUCUCUCUCCACAAAAUGGACCAAAAUCAAUUACAGAAGAAAAUGGUGUGAUGUCAGUUAAAGUUGCAGAAAGAAACCAAGAUCUCUGUACUUGCCAAGUACUGUUGUUGCUAAUCUAUUGCUGAAAUUGAGACAAGCAAGCACUCUGAACAACUGAGAGCAGGAGGUUUGACAAGGAAUCUGGAUAAGGAGCAGUCAGUCAGAAGCACAGUCACAUUUUGGAGAUAAGGGAUGGAGUGAACAGUGAUAGGGGUUUCAUAAGUUUGGGCUUUCUGGAGUACAUUUAAAGAGAAAGAGACGACGACACUCAAACAGAGAAGAUAAAAAAAUAAUUUGUUUAAUUUAUAAAUUCAAUGUCUGCUUCAUGUUGUUAGCAGGAAAAGAUCACAUGAAAAAAGAGGAUGGAGACCAAGGAUAAGAUCAGGUUGGCCAGGGUGACCGUGCUCCAUGACUGCCUGGGCUGCAAGACAUUCGAGGUGCCUCCUUCUGCGACUGUCAGACACAUAAAGGCAUUAAUUCAUUCAGAAACUGGGUUUCCUGUCGCUGAGCAGGAGUUGUGGCACAUUGGGAGAGAGUUAUCUGAUUGUACUAAGUUUGGGGACUGUCUGAAUUCUGAAAAUCAUAUUUUCUUAAACCUUCAGUCAAAAGGCCUGAAAGGAGGAGGCCGUUUUGGUCAAACAACUCCACCGCUUGUUGAUUUUCUUAAAGACAUUUUAAGAAGAUAUCCAGAAGGAGGACAAAUUCUUAAGGAACUGAUCCAGAAUGCAGAAGAUGCUGGUGCCACAGAGGUUAGGUUUUUGUAUGAUGAGACUCAAUAUGGAACAGAAUCUCUCUGGUCGAAGGACAUGGCACAAUACCAGGGGCCAGCACUUUAUGUAUACAACAAUGCAGUUUUUACCCUUGAGGACUGGCAUGGCAUACAGGAAAUAGCAAGAAGCAAGAAAAAAGAUGAUCCCCUGAAAGUUGGAAGAUUUGGAAUUGGGUUCAAUUCAGUAUAUCAUAUAACAGAUGUCCCUAGUAUCUUCAGUGGUGACCAGAUUGGAAUGUUGGAUCCCCAUCAAACACUUUUUGGACCCCAUGAAUCAGGCCAGUGUUGGAACCUAAAGGAUGACAGCAAAGAAAUUAUUGAAUUUACAGACCAGUUUGCACCAUUCAUUGGUGUAUUUGGUAGCACUAAGGAAACCUUCAAGAAUGGAAACUUUCCUGGUACAUUUUUUCGUUUCCCUCUUCGUCUACAGCCUUCCCAACUGAGUAGCAAUCUGUACAACAAACAAAAAGUUCUGGAACUGUUUGAAUCCUUUCGAACAGAUGCAGAUACAGUGCUGCUGUUCCUGAAAAGUGUGCAAGAUGUUUCCUUACAUGUUAGGGAGGCUGAUGGAAUUGAGAGACUGGUUUUUAGAGUAACUGCUAGUGAGAACAAGGCCUUGAAACAUGAACGACCCAAUUCCAUCAAGAUUCUAGGAACUGCAAUAAGUCAAUAUUGUAAAGGGGUUCCAAGCAACAGCGUAACAUGUGUGACAUAUCACGUAAAUAUAGUCUUAGAAGAUGAGAGUGUGAAGGAUGCACAAAAAACAUCUUGGUUAGUAUGUAACAGUGUGGGAGGUCGAGGAAUAUGCAAUGAACUAGAUUGUUUGGCUGAUGACUUGAAGUUUGUCCCUACUAUUGGAAUAGCUAUGUCUUUAUCAAGUAAUGGGGAAGAAAAAGGAGCUGUAGCAGAGUUUUCAGGAAGAGCAUUUUGUUUUCUUCCUUUACCUCCUGGUGAGGAAAGCAAGACUGGUCUCCCAGUUCAUGUUAGUGGUUUCUUUGGCUUGACUGACAAUAGGAGGAGUAUCAAAUGGCGAGAGUUGGAUCAGUGGCGAGAUCCAGCAGCUUUAUGGAAUGACCUCCUUGUAGUGAAUGUUGUCCCAAAAGCAUAUGCCACUCUCAUUUUGGAGGCUAUCAAGCGAAUGGAGACUGAGAAGAACUCAGAUUUUCCUUUGUCAGCUGAAAGAAUUUAUGGACUAUGGCCUGAAAAGAACAAAAUCAGGGUACACUGGAAACCAAUCAUAGAACCUCUGUUUAAAGAGUUGCUCCAGAAUGCAGUUAUUUAUUCUGCUAGUAGUGACUGGAUAAAGGUGGAGCAAGUGUGCUUCUCAGACAUGGAUGACAGCUUGGAGUACACACAAACUGUCCUCAACUACCUCCAGAGCUCAGGGAACCAGAUUGCUAAGGUACCAGCAAAUAUUGCUAGUGCAGUUCAUCUUACUGUAUCUAGCUCUAAAACUGUGAAAAAAGUGACUCCUGCUGUAGUGCGGCAGGUGUUGAGAAAAUCUGGACACACUGGCCCUGCUGAUGAAAAGCUUCAUCUCUUGGAAUUCGUGCUUACUGAUGGAGUCUACAGUGACCUUAUUGGAUUGGAGCUUCUCUCAUUACAAAAUGGAAUUUUUAUUCCAUUUUCCUCAUCUGUGUCAGAUCAAGAUGUAGUUUACAUAACCUCAGAAGAUUACCCAAGGUCCCUCUUCCCAGGCCUUGAAGGAAGAUUACUUUCUGAUGACCUGAAGCCUCAAGUCCUAACUGCUUUGAAGGAAGCUGCCAAAAGCCGAGGAAGACCAUGCACUCAACUGCAGCUUCUGAACCCUGAACGAUUUGCCCGGCUUAUCAAAGAAGUUCUGAACACCUUGUGGCCUGGCAGAGAUAUGGUGGUACAAUGGUAUCCAGGUUCAGAAGAUAAAAAUCACCCAUCUAUUCCAUGGCUUAAGAUGGUCUGGAAGAAUCUAUAUAUACACUUUUCUGAAGACUUGACUAUGUUUGAUGACAUGCCACUUAUCCCGAAGAUGCCGCUAGAGGAAGACCAGGUAUUAGUGGAACUUAUUAGACUUAGGACUCCACCUGCAAUUAUUUUAGAAGAUGAAUCUGAGACACAGCUUCCAGGAUUUUUAGCUGACAUCAUUCAAAAACUUGGUGGUGGUGUUGUACUUAAGAAGCUAGAUGCUUCUAUACAACAUCCACUUUUAAAAAAAUAUGUGCAUCCACCAUUACCAGGUGCUGUUUUGCAGAUAAUGGAGAAACUGUCAUGGCAAAAACUGUCCAGUCAAGUUUCAUCAUUACCUCCAGCACAUAAAGAUGCCCUUAGGGGAUUCUUAGCUAGUUUAACUGAUGUCAGUGAAAAAGAGAGAAGAAUUAUUCAGGAGCUACUGAUAUUUAAAAGAAUUGAACAAUCAUCUGAUGAAGGGGUCACUGUUUUUACUGGAUUAAAAGGUUGUAAAGUGUUGCAUCACACUGCCAAACUUCCACCUAGUCUGAGACUUUCUAUUCCAAUAAUUGACAGCAGUGAUGAAGCUACCAUUCGUUUAGCUAACUUAUUAAAAGUAGAACAGUUAAAGAGCACAGAUUGUCUAAAGUUUAUUAUACAAGAUAUUCAAAAUGACUUUUAUUCUUAUGAUGAAACAAUACAGAUUAUGCUCUGGGUUCUUGAAAAUCUCACUUUCCUCAAAAAUGAGAAUACAGAUGUGCUAGAUUGGCUGACAUCACUAAAAUUUAUUCAGAUUUCACAAGGAAAGAUAGUGUCAGCCAAUGAACUUUUUGAUCCUGAGGUAGAAGUACUGCAAAAUCUGUUUUAUGCUGAGGAGGAAAUCUGCUUCCCACCUAGUAUUUUUACAGCAUCUUCAGAUAUUCUUCAUUCUCUGAGACAAAUAGGUUUAAAAAAUGAAAGCGGUCUUGAAGAAAAAGACAUUAUGCGAGUGGCAAAUAAAAUUGAAAGUUUGCAAGGUGAUUCUCACACAAGCCAUGAUGUACUAUUAAGAAAAGCUAGAACUCUGUUAAUGAUUUUGAACAAAAAUCAUAUGUUGCUGCAGUCAGCUGAAGCAAAAUCAAUGCUGAAAAAAUUAAAAUGGAUUCCAGCAUGUAAGGAAAGACCUCCAAACUAUCCGGGAUCAUUGGUUUGGAAAGGAGACCUUUGUAAUUUUUGUUCACCACCAGAAAUGUGUAAUAUAGCUCAUGCAAUUUUAGUUGGUUCAUCAGUUCCCUUUGUGGAAAGUGUCCAUUUAAAUAUAGAAAAAGCACUUGGCAUCUCCACCAAACCUGGCAUAAAAGCAGUCUUAAAACACUUUAAAGUGGUGGUUGAUUGGCACAGUUCUAAAACCUUUAGUGAUGAAGACUAUUACCAAUUUCAGCAUAUCUUGCUUGAAAUUUAUGGAUUUAUGCAUGAUCACUUAGAAGAAGGUAAAGAUGCUUUUAAAGCCUUGAAAUUUCCCUGGGUCUGGACCGGUAAAACAUUUUGUUCCCUUACCCAGGCAGUAAUAAAGUCAGUACCUGAUCUUGAUCUCCAGCCUUAUCUGCAUAGUGUGCCAAAAACUAUGGCUAAAUUCCACCAAUUGUUUAAAAGUUGUGGAUCAGUUGGGCAGUUGACACCAGACCACGUUUCCAUGGUCAUUCAGAAAAUAUAUCUAAAGAGUGAGCAAUCUCUCAGUGAAGAGGAGAGUAAACAAAAUCUUCACAUUAUGCUGAAUAUUAUAAGAUGGCUAUACAGCAGUCAGAUUCCAGCAAGUCUGAAUACACCUGUGCCUAUAUAUUGUAGCAAAUGUCCUUUUAAGCUUGUAAUGAAACCAAUUCAUGAAUGUUGUUAUUGUGAUAUCAAAGUUGAUGACUUAAAUGAUUUGCUUGAAGAUUCUGUGGAACCAAUAAUUUUGGUGCAUGAAGACAUACCCAUGAAAACUGCAGAGUGGUUAAAUGUGCCAUGCCUCAGUACAAGAUUGAUUAAUCCAGAAAAUAUGGGAUUUGAGCAAUCUGGGCAAAGAGAACCUCUCACUGUAAGAAUUAAAAACAUUUUGGAGGAAUACCCUUCUGUUUCAGAUAUCUUUAAAGAGCUACUUCAAAAUGCCGACGAUGCCAAUGCAACAGAAUGUAAUUUCAUGAUUGACAUGAGAAGAAAUAUGAAUAUAAGAGAGAAUCUUUUGGAUCCAGGAAUGGCAGCAUGUCAUGGACCAGCUUUGUGGUCAUUCAACAAUUCUGAAUUUUCUGACUCAGAUUUUCUAAAUAUAACUCGAUUAGGUGAGUCUCUAAAAAGAGAAGAAGUUGAUAAAGUCGGGAAAUUUGGACUAGGGUUCAACUCUGUUUAUCACAUUACUGAUAUUCCUAUCUUUAUGAGUCGAGAAUUCAUGAUAAUGUUUGAUCCAAACAUUAACCAUCUCAGUAAACAUAUUAGAGAUAAAUCUAAUCCUGGGAUCAAGAUUAACUGGAGUAAGCAACAGAAAAGGCUGCGAAAAUUUCCUAACCAAUUCAAGCCAUUUAUAGGUGUGUUUGGUUGUCAGCUACCAUUGACUGUGGAGGCUCCUUACAGUUAUAAAGGAACACUUUUCAGACUUUCCUUUAGAACUCAGCAGGAGGCUAAAAUGAGUGAAGUCAGCAGUACUUGCUACAAUACAGCAGACAUUUACUCUCUUGUGGAUGAGUUUAGCAUUUGUGGUCAUAGACUGAUAAUAUUCACUCAGAGUGUAAAUUCAAUGGUUCUGAAAUAUUUGAAAGUUGAGGAAGCUGACCCUGGUGUAGCACAAGAUACAGUGACUAUUAAAAAAAGUCUGUGUUCCUCCAAAGCAUUGACUGCACCUGUUGUAAGUGUUUUAAAGGAAGCGGCUAAACUGAUGAAGACUUGCAGCAGCAGUAAUAGAAAGCUUCCCACUGAAACACCAAAGUCUUCAUGCAUCCUACAGAUAAUAGUAGAAGAAUUUCAUCAUGUAUUUAGACGGAUCGCUGAUUUACAGUCUCCACUUUUCAGAGGUCCAGAAGAUGAUCCAUCUUCUCUCUUCGAAAUGGCUAAAUCUGGACAGAUGAAAAGGGCAGCUGAAGAACUGCCACAAAAAACAGUAGAUUCUACAACUUGGCUCAUAUGUUCUUGCAUGGAUACUGGUGAUGCUUUAAAAUUUUCAUUACAUGAAAAUGGACGAAGACUAGGUCUUGUCCCCUGUGGUGGAGUAGGAGUACUGCUGUCUGAAACUCAGGACCAAAAGUGGAUUGUGAAACCUAAUUGCAAUAGCAUUGGGGAAGUAUUCUGCUAUUUACCUCUACGAAUAAAAACAGGUUUACCUGUUCACAUCAAUGGCUGUUUUGCUGUUACUUCAAAUCGAAAAGAGAUCUGGAAAACAGACACAAAAGGAAGAUGGAACACAUUAUUCAUGAGGCAUGUUAUUGUAAAAGCCUAUUUAGAAGCACUUCGUGUUUUACGUGACAUGACAGUCAAUGGCGAGCUAGCUGACUACAGUUACUAUGCAGUGUGGCCAGAUCCUGACUCAGUGCAUGAUGAUUUUUCUGUCAUAUGUCAAGGAUUUUAUGAAGAUAUAGCUCAUGCAAAAGGCAAAGAAGGGAUCAAAGUGUUCUCUGAUGGUUCAUCUUGGGUUUCCAUGAAGAAUGUGAGGUUUUUAGAUGAUUCAAUACUGAAACGUCCAGACAUUGGACCUGCAGCCUUUAAGAUCUUCCUCAAAUAUCUUAAAAAAACUGGAUCAAAAAAUCUUUGUGCUGUGGAGCUUCCAUCUUGGAUAAAGGCAGGGUUCGAAGAAGCAGGAUGUAAAUAUAUACUACUAGAGAACACUUUCUCUGAGAGACAGUUCUUUUCUGAAGUCUUUUUCCCGAACAUUCAGGAGAUUGAUGCAGAGCUGCGUGAUCCUUUGAUGCGUUAUGUUCUGAAUGAAAAGGUUGAGGAGUUCUCAGGAAUUCUUCGUGUUACUCCCUGUAUUCCUUGUUCUUUGGAUAAACAUUCUUUGGUUAUACCUUCAAGAUUGAUCCACCCUGAAGGAAGAGUUGCAAAGUUGUAUGAUGCUAAAGAUGGAAGAUUUCCUUAUGGCAGCAGUCAGGAUUACCUUAAUCCAGUUAUCUUGGUUAAACUUGUUCAGUUAGGUAUGGCUAAGGAUGACGUUCCAUGGGAAGACCUAAUAGAACGUGCAGAAUCAGUAGCCGCAAUUAAUAGGAAUGAUCAUGUUGCAGCCUGUCUCAGAAGCAGCAUUAUAUUAAGUCUCAUUGAUGAAAAAUUAAAAUGUAGAGAUCCUAGAGCUAAAGAAUUUGCUGCAAAAUGUCAGACAAUUCCUUUCCUCCCAUUCCUCACAAAACCAGCCGGCUUCUCAUUGCACUGGAAGGGUAGUGACUUUCAGCCUGAAACAAUGUUUUCAGCAACUGACCUUUUCACUGCUGAUCAUCAAGAUAUUGUUUGUCUUUUACAACCAGUUCUUAAUGAAAAUUCCCAUUCCUUUAAAGGUUGUGGAGCUAUAUCAUUAGCUGUCAAAGAUUUCUUGGGUUUGCUUAAGAAACCAACCGUUAACAUGGUCAUAAAUCAGUUGCAAGAAAUUGCGAAGUCAUUUGAUGGAAUUACAUUGUAUCAGGAGAAUAUCACCAAUGCUUGUUACAAAUACCUCCAUGAAGCAAUGCUACAAAAUGAAACAACAAAAGCAGUGAUCAUUGAAAAGUUGAAAAAUUUUAGUUUCAUUCUUGUUGAGAGUGUGUAUGUUAACCCAACAAAAGUGUGUUUUCAUUUGAACUUUGAAGCAACACCGUAUCUUCAUCAAUUGCCUAAUAAAUAUAAAAAUAGUUUCCGUGAACUAUUUGAAAGUGUAGGUGUAAGACAUGCUUUUACAGUUGAAGAUUUUGCCUUAGUUCUUGAGUCUGUAAAUCAUGAGAGGGGAAACAAGCAGCUAACAGAAGAGAAUUUUCAGCUUUGUAGGAGAAUCAUUAGUGAAGGAAUAUGGAGUCUCAUUAGAGAGAAGAAGCAAGAAUUAUGUGAGAAAAAAUAUGGUGAGAUUUUGUUACCAGAUACGCAUCUAGCACUUUUACCUGCUAAAACUUUGUGUUACAAUGACUGUCCUUGGAUAAAAGUUAAAGAUACAACUGUAAAAUACUGUCAUGCUGAUAUCCCUAGAGAAGUUGCAGUGAAGCUUGGUGCAGUACCCAAGCGACAUAAAGCUUUAGAAAGAUAUGCCUCUAAUAUCUGUUUUACUACUCUUGGGACUGAGUUUGGACAAAAAGAAAAAUUGACAAGUAGAAUUAAAAGCAUUCUUAAUGCCUAUCCCUCUGAAAAAGAAAUGCUGAAAGAGCUCCUUCAGAAUGCAGAUGAUGCAAAAGCUACGGAAAUCUGUUUUGUGUUUGAUUCUAGACAACAUCCAGUUGAUAGAAUAUUUGAUGAGAAAUGGGCACCACUUCAAGGUCCAGCACUAUGUGUUUACAACAAUCAGCCUUUUACAGAGGAUGAUAUAAGAGGAAUUCAGAACCUUGGAAAAGGUACUAAAGAAGGAAAUCCAUGUAAAACUGGACAAUAUGGUAUAGGAUUCAACUCUGUGUAUCACAUUACUGACUGCCCUUCUUUCAUAUCUGGUAAUGAUAUACUCUGUAUCUUUGAUCCCCAUGCUAGAUAUGCACCAGGUGCAACUUCAGUAAGUCCUGGACGCAUGUUUAGAGAUUUAGAUGCAGAUUUCAGAACACAAUUCUCAGAUGUACUGGACCUUUAUUUAGGAAAUCACUUUAAAAUGGAUAAUUGCACAAUGUUUAGGUUUCCACUUCGAAAUGCAGAAAUGGCAAAUGUGUCAGAAAUUUCCCCAGUUCCAUGUUCAGAUAGAAUGGUCCAAAACCUCCUGGAUAAGCUGCGUACAGAUGGAGCAGAACUUCUAAUGUUUUUGAAUCACAUGGAAAAAAUUUCCAUUUGUGAAAUAGAAAAAACAACUGGAGCAUUGAAUGUGUUAUAUUCUGUAAAGGGCAAAAUCACUGAUGGAGACAGAUUGAAACGGAAGCAAUUCCAUGCAUCUGUAAUUGACAGCGUAACUAAAAAAAAGCAGUUAAGUGAAAUACCUGUGCAACAAAUUACUUACACUAUGGAUACUGAAGACUCUGAAGGGAACCUUACAUCUUGGUUAAUUUGCAACAGGUCAGGUUUUUCAGCUAUGGAAAAGGUAUCGAAGAGCGUUAUAUCAGCUCACAAGAAUGAAGACAUAACCCUUUUUCCACGUGGAGGAGUAGCUGCUUGCAUUACUCACAAUUACAAAAAACCACAUAGGGCAUUUUGUUUCUUACCCUUAUCGUUAGAAACCGGGUUACCUUUUCAUGUGAAUGGACAUUUUGCUCUAGAUUCUGCCAGAAGAAAUCUGUGGCGGGAUGAUAAUGGAGUUGGAGUAAGAAGUGACUGGAAUAAUAGCCUAAUGACAGCACUAAUAGCACCAGCCUAUGUUGAACUACUGAUUCAGCUGAAAAAACGUUACUUUCCAGGCACUGAUCCUACAGUAUCAGUACUGCAAAACACACCUGUUCAUGUUGUGAAAGACACUUUAAAAAAGUUUUUGUCUUUCUUCCCAGUUAACAGACUUGAUCUGCAGCCAGAUUGGUAUUGCUUAGUGAAAGCAGUUUACAGCUGCAUUCAUGAAGAUUUGAAACGCCUUUUACCUGUUGUGCGGGCUCCAAAUAUUGAUGGUUCUGAUUUACAUUCUGCAGUGAUCAUUAUUUGGGUUAACAUGUCUACCUCGAACAAAGGUAGGCCAUUCUUUGACAAUUUGCUACAAGAUGAGUUGCACCACCUCAAAAAUGUAGAGUACAUCACAACACGUAAGACGGUGGCAGAAAAUGUUUAUAGACUCAAACACCUACUUUUAGAAAUUGGAUUCAAUUUGGUAUAUAACUGUGAUGAAACUGCAAAUCUUUACCAUUGUCUUGUAGAUGCAGAUAUUCCUGUCAGCUAUGUGACUCCUACUGAUGUCCGACUUUUUUUGAUGACCUUUUCUUCUCCAGACUCCAAUUGCCACAUUGGAAAAUUGCCUUGUCGUCUUCAACAGACAAAUCUGAAACUCUUUCACAGUCUAAAACUUCUGGUUGACUAUUGCUUUAAGGAUGCUGAAGAAAAUGAAGUCCAAAUUGAGGGAUUGCCACUACUUAUUACACUUGACAAUGUCUUGCAAGUUUUUGAUUCAAAGCGGCCAAAGUUCUUAACAACAUAUCAUGAACUGAUUCCAUCUCGCAAGGAUCUGUUUAUGAACACUCUAUAUUUGCGAUACAGUAAUAUUUUACUUAGCUGUGAUGUAGCAAAAGCUUUCGAUAUCACAAGUUUUGCUGAUUUGUUAUCAUCCAUGUUGCCUAGAGAAUAUAAAACCAGAAGUUGUGUGCGAUGGAAAGAAAAUUUUGCAAGUGAAUCUUGGCUUAAAAAUGCAUGGCAUUUUAUCAGUGAAUCUGUAAAUGUUAAGGAAGACCAAGAAGAUAUGAAACCAAAAUUUGAUGAUGUUGUUGAUACUUUGAAAGAUUGGGCUUUGCUUCCAGGUACAAAGUUUACUGUCUCAGUCAAUCAGCUUGUAGUGCCAGAGUGUGAUGUCUUGUUGCCUCUCAGCUUAAUGCAUAUAGCUUUUUUCCCAAAUGCUCAGAGUGAUAAAGUUUUCCAUGCUUUAAUGAAAACUGGUUGUAUUCAGCUUGCUUUGAACAAAAUAUGCUCCAAAGAUAAUGUUUUAGUGUCUCUGUUGUCAGGAUAUACAGCAAAUAUAGAUAAUCCAUCAAGCAUUCUGAAAGCCAUACAUUAUAUGGUCCAGACCUCAACAUUUAAGACUGAAAAAUUAGCAGAAAGUGAUUUUGAGGCCCUCCUAAUGUACUUCAGUUGCCAUUUAAGUAAUUUGAUGUCACAGGAUGACAUCAAAAUUUUAAAGUCUCUCCCAUGCUAUAAAUCCAUUAGUGGUCGAUACAUCAGUAUUUCAAAAUGUGGAACAUGUUACGUACUCACAAAAAGUAUUCCUUCAGUUGAAGUGGAUAGGUGGACACAGUCAACUUCAUCUGCCUUUCUUGAAGAAAAAAUUAACUUGAAAGACUUGUAUACUGUGCUUGGUUGUGUCCCUGUAGAUGAUCUUGAAGUGUAUUUGAAGCAUCUUUUACCAAAGGUUGAAAGUCUGUCUUAUGAUGCAAAGAUAGAACACCUGAUCUACUUAAAGAACAGACUCUCUGGCAUUGAGGAAUUUUCAGAAAUAAAGGAACAGCUGUUUGAAAAGCUGGAAAGCUUUUUGAUAAUUCACGAUGCAAGCAAUAGACUAAAACCUGCAAAACAUUUUUAUGACAGAACUGUAAAAGUCUUUGAAGUUAUGCUUCCUGAAAAAUUGUUCAUACCUCAAGAUUUCUUUAAGAGACUGGAACAACUCACAAAACCGAAGAAUCAAGGGGCAUUCCUUACAUCAUGGGUAACAUUCCUGCGGAAUAUAGGACUAAAAUACAUUAUUUCCCAGCAACAGUUACUACAGUUUGCUAAGGAGAUCAGUAUGAGAGCUAACACAGAAAGCUGGUCUAAGGAAACACUGCAAAGUACAGUUGAUGUCCUCCUUCAUCACAUAUUCCAAGAAAGAACUGAUUUAUUAUUGGGAAACUUUCUAAAAGAAUUAUCUUUAAUUCCUUUUUUGUGCCCCGAGCGUGCUCCUGCUGAAAUUGUCAGAUUUCAUCCUCAGUAUCAAGAGGUUAAUGGAACACUCCCUCUUAUAAGGUUCAGUGGAGCACAAGUAAACCCUAAAUUCAAACAGACGGAUGUGUUACAAUUGCUGUGGACUUCGUGUCCUAUUCUUCCUGAAAAAGCAACACCUUUAAGUAUCAAGGAACAGGAAGGAAGCAGUCUUGGUCCACAAGAACAGCUUGAGCAGGUUUUAACUAUGCUUAAUGUUAACUUGGAUCCUCCUCUGGACAAAGUUAUCAAUAACUGCAGAAAUAUAUGCAAUAUAACAACUUUAGAUGAGGACAUGGUGAAAACUAGAGCUAAGGUACUAAGGAGUAUCUAUGAAUUUCUCAGUACAGAGAAAAGGGAAUUCCGCUUUCAGCUUCGAGGGGUUGCUUUUGUGAUGGUGGAAGAAGGUUGGAAGCUCCUGAAGCCUGAGGAGGUAGUAAUAAAUCUUGAGUAUGAAUCUGAUUUUAAACCUUACCUUUACAAACUUCCUUUAGAACUUGGCACCUUCCACCAGUUAUUUAAACACUUAGGUACUGAAGAUGUUAUUUCAACAAAGCAGUAUGUUGAGGUUCUAAGUCGCAUAUUCAAGAACUCUGAAGGAAAACAAUUGGAUCCUAAUGAAAUGCGCACAGUUAAAAGAGUUGUUUCUGGUCUGUUUAAAAGUCUGCAAAAUGAUUCUGUUAAGGUUAGAAAUGACCUUGAGAAUGUGAGAGAUCUGGCCCUUUACCUUCCCAGUCAAGAUGGCAGAUUGGUAAAAUCAAGUAUCUUAGUUUUUGAUGAUGCGCCACAUUACAAAAGUAGAAUACAGGGUAACAUUGGUGUGCAGAUGCUUGUUGAUCUUAGCCAGUGUUAUUUAGGAAAAGAUCAUGGUUUUCACACUAAGCUGAUAAUGCUGUUUCCUCAGAAACUGAGGCCUCGCCUACUUAGCAGUAUUCUUGAAGAACUGUUAGAUGAAGAGUCUCCCAAAACAUGUCAGUUUGGAGCAUUAUGUUCUCUACAGGGACGGUUGCAGUUACUAUUAUCUUCUGAACAGUUUAUCACAGGACUCAUUAGAAUUAUGAAGCAUGAAAAUGACAAUGCUUUCCUAGCCAAUGAAGAAAAGGCCAUAAGACUGUGCAAAACCUUGCGAGAAGGCUUGAAAGUUUCCUGUUUUGAGAAGUUGCAAACAACAUUAAGGGUUAAAGGUUUUACUCCUAUUCCCCACAGUAAAAGUGAAACAUUCGCUUUUUUAAAGAGAUUUGGGAAUGCAGUAAUACUGCUUUAUAUACAGCACUCUGACAGCAAAGACAUAAAUUUUCUCUUAGCAUUAGCAAUGACCCUGAAAUCUGCAACUGACAAUCUAAUUUCUGAUACCUCAUAUUUAAUUGCCAUGUUGGGUUGCAAUGAUAUUUACAGAAUUAGCGAGAAGCUUGACAGUUUAGGAGUGAAGUAUGACUCCUCAGAACCAUCAAAACUUGAAUUACCUAUGCCUGGAACUCCUAUACCAGCUGAAAUUCAUUACACUCUCCUUAUGGAUCCAAUGAAUGUGUUUUAUCCAGGUGAAUAUGUUGGUUACCUUGUUGAUGCUGAAGGUGGUGAUAUAUAUGGAUCAUACCAACCAACAUAUACAUAUGCAAUCAUUGUACAAGAAGUAGAAAGGGAAGAUGGUGAAAAUUCCAGUUUUCUAGGUAAGAUUUAUCAGAUCGAUAUUGGAUAUAGUGAGUAUAAAAUAGUGAGCUCUCUUGAUUUAUACAAGUUUUCAAGACCUGAUGAAAGUUCUCAGAGUAGGGACAGUGCACCAUCUACCCCAACUAGUCCUACAGAAUUUCCAGCACAUGGACCUAGGACAGUUCCUCCUCUUUUCUCUGGUAGAGAGAGCCACAAAACAACAUCUUCAAAACAUCACUCUCCCAAAAAGAUUAAGCUGAAUUCUUUGCCAGAAAUAUUAAGAGAAGUGACAUCAGUGAUUGAACAGGCUUGGAAACUUCCAGAAUCUGAAAGGAAAAAGAUUAUUAGAAGGCUAUAUCUUAAGUGGCAUCCAGAUAAAAAUUCAGAGAAUCUUGAUAUAGCCAAUGAAGUUUUCAAACAUUUACAGAAUGAGAUUAACAGACUAGAAAAACAGGCCUUUAUAGAUCAAAAUACAGACAGAGCAUCAAGACGAACAUUUUCAUCUUCAGCAUCUCGAUUUCAGUCAGAUAAAUUUUCAUUUCAAAGAUUUUAUACUUCGUGGAAUCAAGAAGCAACGAGCCAUAAAUCUGAAAGGCAACAGUAUAAAGAAAAGUGUCCAUCUUCUACAGGGCCAUCUUACUCUGCACGUUUCUUUGUACCACCCACAUUCAAGUCUGUUGGUAAUCCUGUGGAAGCACGUAGAUGGCUUAGGCAAGCUCGAGCAAACUUUUCAGCUGCAAGAAAUGACCUUCAUAAAAAUGCUAAUGAAUGGGUGUGCUUCAAAUGCUAUCUCUCCACAAAGUUAGCCUUGAUUGCAGCUGACUAUGCCGUAAGGGGUAAAUCAGAUAAAGAUGUAAAACCAACUGCACUUGCACAAAAAAUAGAGGAAUAUAGUCAACAACUUGAAGGACUUACAAAUGAUGUUCACACACUGGAAGCUUAUGGAGUAGAUAGCUUAAAAACUCGAUACCCUGAUUUGCUUCCCUUUCCACAGAUUCCAAAUGACAGGUUCACUUCUGAAGUUGCCAUGAGAGUGAUGGAGUGUGCUGCUUGUAUCAUAAUAAAACUUGAAAACUUUAUACAACAAAAAGUGUGAGAGAUUUGAAAGUUAGAAAAUUGUACUCUCAAGAACUAGAUAUUUAAUGUGAUGGGAUACAAAUGUAAUUUACAUGUACAGAUUACUGUAUUUCUGAGAGGUUACACUUAUCAAACAGCUUAGAAAUACAGUGUGCAUAAUUGGAUGGUACUGAAGUAUUUAGAAUUGAAAUUAAUGUAAGAAAACUUUUUUAUUGAGUCUACUGUAUAAGCAAACUGUAAAACGUGAAUAUUUAAAAAUUUGCAGGGAGAUUGUGCUGCAAAAAGUAGCUGUCUGUACAGUACAUUGAUUAAAAUUGAACUGCACUUUAUGUAACCAAAGCUUAGUGGUAUGUUAGAUAAAGCUUGUAUAUAAACUUAGAUUUUAUUUCAUUUAAUAUUAUGCUUCUAAAAACGUGGUGUCACCUUUUGAAUAUACUCAUCAGACUGGACAAAUUACUAAAUGAAAAUCAUAAAAUAACUUUGGAGAGGAGUCACUCCAGAGCAUUUCUUUAUUCUUUAUCUUCCAUGGAUAUUGAUGUUUCUCAUAGUAGUAUUCUUAUCAGCUGGAUCUGAUUAUCAGUUUGCUGCAGUAUUACAUCCUGAACAUUUAAAGGAUAAUACAGUACUUUUGAAGUGGUACAGUAUUUUAAUCCUGAUUAAUAUUACUUAACUUAACAUACAACAUCAUGUAGUGCAUUGAAUGCAUUUACUUAAUUGUAAUAUAGUUAGGUAUUUAAUUUACAUUUUCUGUUUAAAAGCCUGUGAUUGUUUAUUUAAUGAAAACUGCAUGUUGAUAGCCUAGGAUAGGUGACCAUUAAUGUACAGAGUUUUAUGAAGGGAUUUUGAAAACUAUACACCAAAACUAGUUUCUCAAAUGUCUGAAUGCUUGAGUUUCAUAUUUCUGUAUAUAUAUGUAUGUAUAUUUUCCACAAACAAACAUUGGAAAUAUAGUACAACUUGGGAAUCCAUUAUUUGGUAUAUAGCAGGCAAUAUCUUUUGUUACAUGUCAGAAGGUGCUGCAAUGUAAUGUUCUUUUUACUUUGUCUUUCACUAUGGCACCAGAGAUGUUUGAUUUUUAGUUCACUUUCUUUUAUAAAUUGUAAUACUUCUGGUAAUGUCAUGUAAUGUACUCAACGUUAGCUAUUUGUAAGGAAUUAUGGGAACUUGUAAAUAGGAUUUUUGUUUGUUUGUUUUUUGUUCCAAAUCUACCACAUUAAACAUAAAUAUUCAUCAUUUCCCAAUGACACAAGUGUCAUAACUGUUUACUUGCUACCACAGUGAAACUGUAAUUUCACUUACAGAAUGUAAAGGCAAACAGAUAAUAACAUGAUGUUACAGGGGUGCUGUGCAUGCAGCAGCAUUGUAAUCCAAAAGAGGAAAUCUGACAAAGGCUUUUUCAGUUUCAUGCACAUAAAUAAGGGCUUGUUAUGUUCAGAAAUCUCACAAGUAAUUAUUGGUAAUAGGAAGAAAUUACACUGUUUGGAAAACUGUAUUGCUUCUGGUUGUGAAACCUUGUGGUUAUUUCUGCUGUUAUAUUAAGUGCCAUAACUUUAAUAAAGAAAAAUGCAAACACAUACUUCAA